GAGGAACAAUCAGCUCACAGCUGCGGCAAAAGCUUCUCUCUCGUGAAUUGUGAGUCUCAUUAAAUACCAACGGCAACUUCGCCGCCCACUCCUGCACUCACUCUCUCCUCCAUUACUCAAUUUUUUCUCAAUUCCAUUGUCGUUAAGCUGAUCGGUCGCAUGCUAGCUUGCUAGCUGUUCGCUUGUAAUGUGCGAUUUCAUCCACUUGCAACUUUGAUCGGCGCAGUUAAUUAGUUAGCUCCAGGCUUUUGUUACCUGAGAUGGGGAAGAAAGGCGGUAGCGGUUGGUUUUCCUCCGUAAAGAAGGUCUUCAAGCAAUCUCCAAACAAGGACGUGCAGCCUGAAAAAAAGAAGGAAAGCGUCGAAAAAUGGCAGUACGAAGCACCCGAAGUGGUUUCACUCGAGCAUUUCCCAGCAGAAAGCUCCCCGGAUGUAACCAACAGGGAGAGCAUUCAGUCGUCCCCGGAUUCAUCAGAGGAUCCUAAUCAUGCUAUAGCAGUGGCCAUGGCCACUGCUGCAGCUGCCGAGGCAGCCGUUGCAGCAGCUCAGGCUGCUGCAAGAGUGGUUCGACUGGCCGGUUACAGUCGCCACAGCAAGGAAGAAAAGGCUGCCACUAUCAUACAGUCAUAUUACAGAGGAUAUCUGGCUCGGAGAGCAUUGCGCGCGCUGAAGGGCUUGGUCAGGCUUCAGGCUCUAGUAAGAGGUCACAAUGUCCGAAAGCAAGCCCAGAUGACGAUGCGGUGCAUGCAAGCGCUGGUGCGCGUGCAGGGCCGUGUGCGCGCUCGGAGGCUCCAAAUCGCACGGGAGAAGCUCCGGGGCAAGCCCGACGACGUCGACGAGCAUGAGGAAAGAAAAAUGAUCACAAGGGAUAAAGCUCUUCUGGCCUACAAUCCUUUACCUCAUCAGCAACGGAUGCAACAAGUGUUGCAUUCCCGUUUAGACGGCGUCGGCGACGUAAAUAGUUUUGGACUAUACGGUGGCGACGAUGUCGACAAGCCGCAGUGGGGAUGGAACUGGCUCGAGAGAUGGAUGGAGUCCCAAACCUACCACCCUCCCCGGCGACACACCUUAGCCCAUGAGAAACCUGUGGAUGUGAGCUUGGUUAUGCCAUUGGGCUCGGAGAAUGUCAAAAUGGGCCGACUGGGCGAACCAACCCAAUAUAUGCGGAGACGAUUGGAUUUGGACUAUAUCCCGAGCUACAUGGCUCCGACCCAAUCGGCGAAAGCGAAAGUUCGAACUCAAGACCCAGUUAAGCAACGAAGCCCAACACAGGCCCAAUGGAAUUCUUCUACGAAGAGUGGGCUGGGACAUGAGUCGUCGAGCUCGAGCAGCGGAACCGCGACUCUUCCGGCCCAAGUAAGCCCAAAUUCGAAAGAAAAUAAUCGUGGGCCCAAUAAGUGGAUGUGUAGCCCAUGAUCAGGACUGAGGAUAGGAGGCACGGUGGCUUAAUUGUGUUCCUGGAUUUAAUAAAUUAAGAACUUUUUAAUAACCUUCAAUUUCAAGAACGCCUGUAUAAUAAACAUGCUUUCUUUUAUUUUUUUUAAUGAAAAUAUGUUAAUGAAAAAUUACCUCUGGAAAUUGUUGGUUUUGUUUCUUGAAUUGAAAUU